AUGGCGACACAGUGUGAUAAGCAGGUUCCCCAAUGUGGUCAAUGCAUUCGCGCACACGAACCUUGCCGUGGAUACCGCGAUGAAUGGGAUUUAAUCUUCCGCGAUCAGACAAGCCACACAAUCAACCGGUCCCGCAAGACAUUGGAAUGUAAUGGGGCCUCGUUCGAGGUCACCCCUUCGACUCCACCUACCCGAGGUCUGGAUCCUAGUCUCGAGGAAAUAGGCGUGAAUUAUUUCCUGCAGGAGUUCGUUGCGGGUGGUCGCUGUCCCUCGCGUGGAUAUCUGAACUAUAUCCCAACGGUCUAUUCGGCUGAUGCCGAGCACCUGACCCUUGCCACUAGUAUGGCGGCCGUGGGUCUUGUGGCAUUGGCAACUCGCCAGCCAGAGCUUACCAUCCGGGCGCACGCCAAAUACUCAGAGGCGAUCCGCCUUGUGAACAAUGCGUUGGCGUCCUCCGUCGAGUCGGUCAAGGAUAGUACCUUGAUGUCUGUGAUAUCGUUAGGGGUCUUUGAGCAUGUCUCAAACUUUGAGUCGUGGGUUCGACAUGUCAAAGGAGCUGCCGCGCUGGUGGUUGCCCGGGGUAAAUCCCAAUUCGCUCGUAGGCCUGCCAUCCUGAUGUUCAAUCAGGUACGCGCAGAUAUGGCAGCUGCCUGUGUCCAAUGCAUACAGCCGUUUCCAGACGACUUGCGUGAGCUUCAGGAAGAGGCAACCAAGUAUACAACCGGUUCUGAUGCAUUUUGGUUACUCGGAGUGCUUGCCACUCGUUGUGCAACUCUGUUCGCUGCUGUCACAAAGAAGAAUACUGACAGGACUUCACUUAUACCCAUGUCCUGGUCUGACUUCCUAGAAGAAGCGAUCGCGCUCCAGAGUGAUUUCCAACAUGCUCUAAGUACCCUUGCUAUGCAAGAACCGUACAUAACCGCCGGACAAUCCGGUGGGAAUGCAACUUCCGUGUCCUUUAAUGGUCAAUAUGACCUGUACAAGUCAUCUUGGGCAAUAAGACUUUGGAACAACUCGCGAAUGGUUGAAAUCAUCGUUAGCGAGAUUAUAUGCUGGCUCAUAAACAAGAUCCUAACCGAGGAACCGGCUUAUCCCGCUGAGUCUCGUCUGAAGCUUGAAUCAAAGCUCCAGUACUCACUGAAUAUCAUGUCAAGACGAGCAGAGGAAAUACUGGCGAGCAUUCCGCAGGGCCUAGGGCUUGUAUUAGCAUCUGGUUCCCAUAUGCCCCAACAACCAAUCGUGUCAGGCUGUUAUAUGCUGAUCUGGAGUCUAUAUACAGUCGGCAAAUGUCCUACUAUCAGUGGUCAAGAUCGCCAAUGGGUCAUCAAGCAACUCAAGGAUAUUAGUGAGAGUGGAAAUAUCGCGAUGGCGUUGCAGCUUGCGGAGGAUCUCGUUAGCACGGAAAGUAUACGUUGA